GAUGCGGCUGCCUUCUGACCCCCAGACCGGGCCUCAGGGUGGGAUAUCGCCGGUAGCGGCGGUAGCUGGCUGACCGAGAGAGAGAGAGAGAGAGAGGGGGGGUCAUGCGGGCUGUGGGGGCUCUGGCCGCGCUUCUCGCCCGCGGGCUGGCCUAUGCCUGUCAUAUGGCAGCACCGCACUGUCGAGUCCGAGGCUUGUCCUCCAAAGUAGAUCCUCAGCUGAAAGUUUGUGUUAUUGGUAGUGGUCCUGCAGGUUUCUACACUGCCCAGCACCUGCUUAAGUACCAUGAAUCAUCCGUGGUUGACAUCUAUGAGAAACUGCCUGUCCCAUUUGGCCUUGUGAGAUUUGGUGUUGCCCCUGACCAUCCAGAAGUGAAGAAUGUCAUCAAUACAUUUAGCCAGACAGCACAUCACAACCGCUGCUCAUUUUAUGGCAAUGUUACUGUUGGGAAGGAUAUAAGCAUAGAAGAGCUGAAACAAGCUUACCAUGCUCUGAUACUGACUUAUGGAGCUGAAACUAAUCGAAUGCUUAACGUUCCUGGCGAGAAUCUACUGGGUGUCUAUUCUGCAAGAACAUUUGUAGGCUGGUACAACGGUUUACCUGAAAAUAAAAAUCUGAAUCCCGAAUUGAGCAGUGAGACAGUAGUCGUCCUGGGACAUGGAAAUGUGGCGUUGGACGUGGCCAGGAUUCUCCUGUCUCCCGUUGAUUUACUCAAAAAAACAGAUAUCGCUGGUCAUGCUUUGGAGGCUAUAGCAGCUAGCAAUGUGAAGCGGGUACUAAUUGUUGGACGAAGAGGACCUCUCCAAGUUGCCUUUACCAUAAAGGAAUUGCGCGAGAUGAUUAAUUUGCCUGGUACUCGUCCAUUGCUCAAUCCCAGUGACUUUGUGGGGCUCAAGCAGAUUGUUAAAGGUACAGCCAGCAAGUCCCAGGAUGAGGAUACUCAGAGGCCUGCUGGAGACCAGGCACCUGCUCAGCCCGCGAGUGGGUGA